UUUAUCCACUCUAGUUUAGUAAGAGCAAAUUGAGUGGCUCAAUUUUCAUGCUCAUUCAUGCCAAUGCUGAACUUCGGUGGUGGGAUUGACUACGUGUUAAGUUCAACCUUUUCUGAUGAAUUAUUUACGUUGUCUGUCAAAAUUCCUGCAAUAUGUAUAUUGGUUGAACGAAGAAGUUGUAAUACAGAGUUUAAGUGUAGAGCCAAAGGUGCAAGUGAUGAACCUGUUGAGAAGUGGAAGCGCGAUAGCCUUUUCAUUGACAAACGCGGGAGAUUUAGAAACUUUAAUCACAAAAAAGUUUCAAGAAAAAAGGGUGGUUCUUUGAGGGGUCAAGGGUGGAAAUACGGAUCCGGGUUUGUUGAUGGAAUUUUCCCUGUGUUGAGCCCUAUUGCUCAGCAGAUUCUGAACUUUCUACAGAAGGAAGUGGAUGUAAAUAGAAUUUGGUCCUCUCUUGACAAUCUUCCUCUCACGAAUACCACUUGGGACGACCUAAUUAGUAUAGCUGUUCGACUUCGUCUCAAUAAACAAUGGAAUCCAAUAAUACUGAUGUGUGAAUGGAUAUUGCACAAAAGCUCCUUCAAGCCAGAUGUGAUUUGUUACAAUAUUCUUAUAGAGGCUUACGGCCAGAAAUUACUCUUCAAAAAAGCAGAAUCCACUUAUUUUGAACUCCUUGAAGCUCGAUGUAUCCCUACUGAAGAUACAUAUGCACUUCUUUUAAAAGCCUACUGUAGAUGUGGGUUGCUGGAGCAGGCUGAAGCUGUCUUUGCUGAGAUGCAGAAGGAUGGCCUUCCCCCAAGUCCAGUUGUUUACAAUGCAUAUAUUGAUGGCUUAAUUAAAGGAAGAAAGGGACAAAGAGCUCUCGAGAUCUUCCAAAGGAUGAAGAGAGAGCAGUGCGAACCAACUGCUGAUACUUACACAUUGGUGAUCAACCAAUAUGGAAAGGAAAAUAAAUCCUAUAUGGCUUUAGAAGUGUUCCGUGAAAUGAGAAACAAAAAAUGUAAACCUAACAUUUGUACAUUCACUGCUCUUGUGAAUGCAUUUGCAAGAGAUGGGCUGUGUGAAAAAGCAGAAGAAUUCUUCGAACAGCUGCAGGAAGCUGGACUUGAGCCUGAUGUGUAUGCGUAUAAUGCCCUCAUGGAAGCCUACAGUCGGGCAGGUAUUCCAAGUGGCGCUGCAGAAAUCUUUUCUCUCAUGCAGCAUAUGGGUUGUGAACCAGACAGAGCAUCGUAUAACAUCAUGGUGGAUGCCUAUGGGAGAGCAGGUCUUCAUGAAGAUGCACAGUCUGUCUUUGAUGAAAUGCAGCGACUGGGAAUAGAACCAACUAUGAAAUCCCACAUGGUACUUUUAUCAGCCUACUCAAGAAUUGGAAACGUGCCAAAAUGCGAAGAAAUUGUGAACCGUAUGCAUGAAUUGGGACUCAAACCUGACACUUUUGUUCUUAAUAGUAUGAUGAACUUGUACGGUAGAAUAGGCCAGUUUGAAAAAAUGGAAGAAGUUUUAUCUGCCAUGGAAAGUGGACCAUAUGAAGCUGACAUAAGUACUUACAAUAUCUUGAUCAAUAUGUAUGGACGAGCAGGAUUUUUUGAGAAAAUGGAAGAGCUAUUCACUUCUCUUCCGGCCAAGAAAUUGAAACCGGAUGUGGUGACUUGGACGUCCAGACUUGGAGCCUACUCUAGAAAGAAACAGUACAAAAGAUGCAUAGAAAUUUUUGAAGAGAUGAUUGAUAAUGGUUGUUAUCCAGAUGGAGGAACUGCCAAAGUGCUACUCUCUUCUUGCUCCAGUGAAGAUCAGAUUGAGCAAGUUUCUACUGUAAUUAGAACGAUGCACAAAGAUUUGGGGACAGUGUUGCAGGUUUGAGAUCGACUCCAUCUUCUCCGAAGGAAGCCACUCAUGGCAUAUUUGGUAUGUUGGAAUACGUCGGACUAAAUUGGAUUAAAGAAAACAUAAGUUGAAAUAUUGUCGGUUAUACUUUACUGUUGAUUAUUGUGUACAAAACAUACCUCGAUGUGGCUUAUGGAACCAUAUUAGGCAAGAAGCAAUACGCAAGCAGCGCGGCAAGGAUCUUGGAUUUCUUGAUGCAGAUAUUUUACCAUCAAUCAGACAUUUUCAAUGCUCCUUUCAGAACUAUCCCCAAGGGAUCUUCAUUUUUAUACUCAAAUUAUGUAAAUUUAAAUAUAUUUUACUAAAAUAAAAGAUUUUUUGAAUCAAUGAAAGAAA